CUUUUGUUAGAAAAUUCACGAAAAAGAAAAAAACAAGGGCGCCUCCCUGCAGAAGAAGAUAACCUAUAAAAUGGGGAAGCAAAGGGGCGCACAAUACAGGAAAGAGAAUGAUGCGGACAACGAAGAGAAAGGAGAGAGUAGAUUCUAAACACUGACAGCGAGCGAAAAUGGCGGACUAAUUGUCCGAUCGUUCCUGUUAUGCAUACAUACAAUAUAUAUGUAUAAUAUAAUAUAUACACAACACGAAUUUCUGUAUCUAAUAGGGUUUUGCGGAUCCAGUUGUUCUUCAUCUCCCCGAUACGAUUACACGAAUGCAUCAGUUUUAGAGGACUACAUAGGGGUUUUGGGGAAUGAUUGUUAGUUGAUGGAGUAACUUUUGAGGCAAGGAAGGAUCAAUGGAUUCGGCAAAGAGUUGGUUUCAGAAGUUUCAGCCGCGAGAAAGGUUUAGGUCUUCUUCUAAGAAGAAGGAUUCAACUGAUGGUGGCGAAGAGGAGUCAAAAACACUAUCGGCGGAAGAAGCCUCAGCUAUCACAAAGCAGAAAGUUGCAGCAGCCAAGCAGUAUAUAGAGAACCAUUACAAGGAGCAGAUGAAAAACCUUCAUGAGAGGAAGGAGCGACGAAAUUUACUGGAGAAGAAGUUAGCUGAUGCUGAUGUCUCUGAGGAAGAUCAAAGCAACCUAUUAAAAUUCUUGGAGAAGAAGGAAACCGAAUACAUGCGUCUUCAGAGGCAUAAAUUUGGCGCUGAUGAUUUUGAGUUGCUAACAAUGAUUGGGAAGGGCGCAUUUGGGGAGGUCAGAGUCUGUAGGGAGAAGACAACAGGUCAUGUAUAUGCAAUGAAAAAGCUUAAGAAAUCAGAGAUGCUUCGUAGAGGCCAGGUGGAGCAUGUGAAAGCUGAAAGGAAUUUGCUUGCGGAGGUGGACAGCAAUUGCAUUGUCAAACUGUAUUGUUCUUUCCAAGAUGAAGAGUUUCUAUAUCUUAUCAUGGAAUAUCUACCCGGUGGAGAUAUGAUGACUCUAUUUAUGAGAAAGGAUACCUUGACAGAAGAUGAGGCCAGAUUUUAUGUUGCAGAAACAGUUUUGGCUAUUGAAUCUAUCCAUAAGCAUAAUUACGUUCAUAGAGACAUUAAGCCUGACAACUUGCUACUUGAUAGAUAUGGUCACCUGAGACUUUCAGAUUUUGGACUAUGUAAACCUUUAGACUGCAGUACUCUUGAAGAGAAGGACUUUUCGCAGGGGGAUAGCUUCAAUGGAACUUCAAAAAGUAAUGAGCGCCCAGCACCUCCGAAACGUACACAACAAGAGCAAUUACAACAUUGGCAGAAGAAUAGGAGGAUGCUUGCUUAUUCUACAGUUGGUACACCUGACUAUAUUGCUCCAGAAGUUUUGUUGAAGAAAGGUUACGGGAUGGAAUGUGAUUGGUGGUCACUUGGUGCUAUUAUGUAUGAAAUGCUUGUGGGCUAUCCGCCUUUUUAUUCUGAUGAUCCUAUGUCAACCUGUAGGAAGAUAGUAAACUGGAGAACGCAUUUAAAGUUUCCUGAAGAAGCAACGUUAUCUCCAGAAGCAAAAGAUCUUAUUAGUAAAUUACUGUGUAAUGUCAACGAGAGGCUGGGUUCAAGAGGUGCAGAUGAAAUAAAGGCUCAUCCCUGGUUUAAAGGUAUUGAUUGGGAUAAAAUUUAUCAAAUGGAUGCUGCAUUCAUUCCUGAGGUCAAUGAUGAGUUGGAUACACAAAACUUUGAAAAGUUUGAGGAGUCUGACAACCAAGCUCAAACUUCAUCAAAAGCAGGCCCAUGGAGGAAGAUGAUCUCAUCCAAGGACAUUAACUUUGUAGGAUAUACAUAUAAGAAUUUUGAAAUUGUUAAUGAUUAUCAAGCUUCUGGAAUGGCUGAAUUGAAGAAGAAAAGCACCAAACCAAAGAGGCCAACCAUCAAAUCUCUCUUUGAGGAGGAAUCGGAUGGGUCAGAUGCAGCUUCUAAUCAAUCCUCACAAGGGAGCUUUUCUAAUAUCUUGCCUUCCCAACCAGAAGUUUCUGAGAAGCAGAUUGAAUGAAUCUGUGUAAUCCUGUCAAUUUCUUCGUACCAUCUGAUGCACAAGAUGCUCUGGCCAAUGGAAAUUAGUGCAACUUGACUUUUGAGUGAAUAGAACAGUAUUGACCCCCCUUGGUGUGAUUGGAGCAGUGGCUUUGGAACUCGAGUUUUGAUUGAGCACUUGAUGUCGAAAGGUUUCAAAGCUAGUUUAUCUGCUCUGAAUAUAUUUUCCCCCCUAAAAGAAAACUGAGAAAAUACUAAUUAUUUUAUUUGUAAUUUAUUUUUAUCCCAUUCUAAUUUCAAAAUUUAAAAUGUUAAUGUACAAAAGAACAUACUCUUACUGUUGCCAGGUAUAGCUGUGUUUUUCUUGCCCUCUCAGUUAAUAAUGAUAAUUACUGAAAUAAUGGGUUGAUUUAGAUGUAUUAGCUGUUUUAUAGUUGUUGGGCUAUUCAUUACUUGAUCCCGAACAGUUGAGAAUUUUACUGGAACUGGAAGGACUUUGUCCACUUUUUAUUUUA